UACAGCAUGGACCUAAAGGACAGAGCAUGAGGUAGGAAUAAUGCUCCGUCCCACUCCGUCCUUUAUGUCCAUGGCGAUGGCGUAGAGCAGGGAGGGAGCAGGUAGAAACCAGGUAGAAGCGUAGAGUCGUAGAGCACAAAUGGACAAUGGAUCAGUAGUAACCGUAGUAACGCUCAGCAACGCUCAGUAACGUUGAUGCAGGUUAGACGAACUUAAACGGAACACGUUUACAUUUUCACAUCAAAUUCUUCUGACAAUUUCGUUUCUAAUAGACGAAAUAUGAAAAGAACGAAUAGGACUUUUAUCAAUGUAUAUUAAUGUUCCAAGUAUUUGACUAACGAAUUAAGAAAAUGACUAGUGAAACUCAAAUCACAAAUAUCGUAAACGAUAUUUUAAAAGUAGAGGCUAUAGAAGAAGCAUUCAGUUGUGUUCUUGUUUACCAUCCAAACAGUGAAAGUGAAAAGAUAACAACAUGGCAAGUCGAAUUAACAUCUGCUAUGUCAAAUUUAUCGAAAGAACAGCAGGAGAACGGUGUAAGGCAAUUUUUAUCCAUGGCAGCAGCAAUGACCAAUCACAGAAGAUUACAGUUAUUAUUGUCUUUACUCGAGAAUUUAGUCAUAUCUAAUAUUUUGCCAGCAAGGCUGGUAUGUGAGUGUAUUUUAAAUUGUGACAAACUCCAAUAUCAGUUAGAAGAUUUUUGGGUUGAAUGUUUUGUACUUAUUCGCCAUAUCAUUGGAGGAGUAGAUUAUAAAGGUGUGAGAGAAAUAAUGAAAGGAUGCAGGGAAAAGGCGCAAACGAUUCCACCGAGAUUGGACGCGUCCAUCCUUCCUCAGUUAAAAGCACUAGAGAAUGUACUUGAAUACAUUUUCGAUAGAAACGCUUGUUUAUUACCAGGUUACUUCAUCGUGACUGAGAUACAAAAAGCUUAUCCUGACGGUAAAAAUUGGCCACACUGGAAGCUGGCACAGUUGCUCUCAAAUUUUGUCGAGAGCUUUCGCAACACCGCCCAAAUGGUGUCCAUAGUCGGACAUUCGAAAAUGUUGCCAGUAGUAGAACAUACCGGAUACGCGGAUUUGAUCAAUCCAUGGGUUCUCGAUACGACGACAUUAAAAUUUUCACUGAAGGGGAAUUUGCCUUACGACGAGGAUUUACUUAAACCACAAACUGGUUUACUUCGAUACGUACUAGAGCAACCUUAUAGCAGAGACAUGGUCUGUUCGAUGCUCGGUUUGCAGAAACAGCAAAAGCAACGGUGUAUUGCUUUGGAAGAGCAAUUAGUAGAACUAGUAAUUCUCGCUAUGGAACGUGCAGAAAAUGAGACGCUACCAGCAGAGGGCACCGAUGGAACUGUCGCUAAUCAUUACGUAUGGUUGCAUCUAUCGUCCCAACUUAUAUAUUUCGUUCUCUUUUCAUACGCCUGUUUUCCGAACAUCGUGAUGGCGAUACACGAUAAAUUGGCAGGAAGAGAUCUGAGAAAGGGAAGGGAUCACUUGAUGUGGGUUCUGCUGCAAUUCAUUUCCGGGAGUAUUCAGAGAAAUCCGUUAUCGAAUUUCUUGCCAGUAUUGAAACUAUACGAUCUCCUCUACCCGGAGAAGGAACCUUUGUCGGUUCCAGAUUAUUCUCAGGCGUUGUGUACUCAUCAAAUGGCUAUUACCUGUAUAUGGAUGCAUCUGCUGAAAAAAGCUCAAUGCGAGCAUUCGAACAUCCACAGGCCGAUACCGCACACUUUAAAACUCCACCACGAGUUUUUGCAACAUUUGGUCAUGCCUAACACAUCUUUAUGCAUGGGCUCCGACUACCGCAUCGCUUUAUUGUGCAACGCCUAUUCUACGAAUCAGGAGUAUUUCGGUAGACCGAUGGCUGCCUUGGUAGACACUAUACUAGGCACUCAGAAAGGCCAGCAGCAGCAACCGAUGCAAACGUUACAGAAUAACGCAGCCCUCGCGAACGGACCAACCACGCCGUUAUCAAUGUCGAUCUUGGAUUCGUUGACGGUUCACUCGAAAAUGAGCCUCAUACACAGCAUCGUUACCCAUGUCAUCAAAUUGGCACAAUCCAAAAGCAACAUGGCACUGGCACCGGCGCUGGUUGAAACUUACAGCAGGCUGUUAGUGUACACCGAGAUCGAAAGUCUCGGCAUUAAAGGUUUCAUUAGCCAGUUACUCCCGACGGUUUUCAAGUCUCACGCGUGGGGAACGCUGUACACGCUUUUGGAGAUGUUCAGUUACAGGAUGCAUCAUAUACAGCCGCAUUACAGGGUACAACUUCUGUCCCAUCUGCACAGUCUCGCGGCUGUACCACAGACUAAUCAAACACAGCUUCAUCUGUGCGUAGAGAGCACGGCGCUUCGCCUGAUCACUGGCUUAGGAUCAGCCGAAGUGCAGCCGCAAUUGUCCCGAUUUUUAUCCGAACCGAAAACUCUCGUGUCGGCGGAAUCCGAGGAGUUGAACAGAGCUUUGGUAUUAACGUUGGCACGAUCUAUGCACGUGACGGGUACAGGUUCCGACAAUCAAAGCGGCACGUGGUGCAAAGAGCUGCUAAAUACCAUAAUGCAGAAUACGCCUCACUCGUGGGCCAAUCACACUCUUCAAUGUUUCCCCACGGUGUUGAGUGAAUUCUUCCAACAAAACAGUGUGCCGAAAGAAAACAAGCAACAGAUCAAGAAGGCAGUGGAAGAAGAGUACAGGAAUUGGGCUUCUAUGAGUAACGAGAAUGACAUUAUAGCACAUUUCUCUGUACCUGGCACUCCGCCUCUGUUUUUAUGCCUUUUGUGGAAGAUCAUUUUUGAAACUGAUCGGAUCAGCCCGAUCGCGUAUAAAAUCUUGGAGAGAAUCGGUGCUCGAGCUCUCUCUGCUCAUCUGCGAAAAUUUUGCGAUUACCUCGUGUUCGAGUUUGCUAACAGCGUCGGUGGUCAGCAUGUAAAUAAAUGUGUAGACACAGUCAACGAUAUGAUAUGGAAAUACAAUAUUGUGACCAUUGACAGGCUGAUCCUCUGCCUAGUAUUGAGAACUCACGAGGGCAGUGAUGCCCAAGUGUGCUUCUUUAUAAUUCAACUGUUAUUGUUGAAGGCUGUUGAAUUUCGAAACAGAGUUCAGGAAUUUGUCAAAGAGAAUUCGCCGGAACAUUGGAAGCAGUCGAACUGGCACGAGAAACAUCUUGCGUUUCAUAGAAAGUUCCCAGAGAAAUUCGCGCCCGAAGGCAUAAUGGAACAAGCCAGCGGAGGGCCCAGCCAAUAUCAAAAUUUACCCGUUUACUUCGGUAACGUGUGUCUACGAUUUUUACCGGUGUUCGAUAUCGUCGUUCACAGAUAUCUGGAAAUUCCGGCUGUGUCAAAAAGUUUGGAAACACUGUUAGAUCAUUUGGGAUGUUUAUACAAAUUUCACGAUCGACCAGUAACAUAUCUUUAUAACACGUUACAUUAUUACGAACGAAAAUUAAGAGACAGGCCACCCUUAAAACGUCGUUUAGUAUCAGCAGUGUUAGGCUCUCUUAGAGAAAUUAGAGCUCCUGGAUGGGCACUGUCCGAAGCAUAUCACAUGUACAUGUCUCGAUCCGCUGACGAUGUUGUUACUUGGAUGCCUGAGCUAGAUUAUUACGUCCGUUUAGUGCAAAGAAUCGUAGAAACAAUGUCAGGCACAGCGCAUUUCCCAGCCACGGAUUGGAGAUUCAACGAAUUUCCUAAUCCUGCAGCACAUGCCUUGUACGUUACAUGCGUCGAGCUCAUGGCUCUUCCCGUUGCUCCAAAUAUAGUCGCUAAUUCAAUAUUGGACGUAAUUGCAAAAGGGUAUACAGUAAUUCGAUCUGAUGAAAUUCAUUUAUGGAUCAAUUGCGUGGGUUUGUUGUUGGCCGCUUUACCGGAGUGUUACUGGUCGGCGUUGCACGAUCGAUUGGUAGAAACUAUUAGCAGUCCAGGAUUAGCUAAUUGGCAGUACAGUAACUUGACGCCGUUCGAAGUGUUUAAUUUUAAUAACACGCACAAUAGUUUACUGGAAAAUAUAUACAGUUACAUGUUAGCGCUGGCACAUUCCGUCUGGCACCACGCUGGUGUCGGCCAGAUAACUACUAUGCCGCAGUUUAUUAAGGAGAAAUUACAACCAGUUGUAAAUAGUGAAGAACAGUUGAUAUACGCUUAUCACUUAAUCGGACCUACUUUAGCAAGAUUCAACGCCGAGCGACCGCAUUGUGUCGUAGAGUUAGCGGUCUGCCUGUACGAAAUGCUCGAGCAAGUCGAUCGGCUUCAGACUCAUUUGAAGUACAUGGAUCCAGUCUGCGAUUUAUUGUAUCAUAUAAAGUAUAUGUUCGUUGGCGAUAUGAUGAAGAACGAAGUGGAGUGCAUUAUACGAAGAUUAAGACCGGCUUUACAAAUGAGACUGCGGUUCAUUGCCCACAUAAAUAUUGAUGAAAUUCAGUCUUCCUGAGAUACGCCGAGCACUAGUAACGCGGAAGUGAAUACAUGAUGAUAUCGUGGGUAUCGAUCUCGUAUAUAUUAUUUCACUGAUUACGCGACCCUAGUCAUAGAGAAUUUCUGUGACGCCAUUUCUGUAGGAUACAAUCCUUUGUAAAUAUGGCCAGUAAUUUAAAUACAUUUUUUAUACGAGAUAUGUCUUAUGUAAAAACGAAAAUUAUGUUUGUUUUAAAGUAGCAUAAUGCAAUAGUAUUGUGAACAUAAAAAGAGCCAACGUCCUUCGACUAAAUUA